AUGGAAAGAAGCACCUGCCCUGACCCUUCUUCUGAUAAAAGGGUUGCUGUUGUCACCGGAGGGAACAAAGGAAUUGGGCUGGAAGUAUGCAGGCAGCUAGCCUCCAGGGGUGUCAUGGUGAUCCUAACGGCGCGGGACGAGAGAAAAGGAUCAAAAGCAGUGGGUAUGCUUCAUGGAUCCGGACUACCUAAUGUACAGUUUCACCGCCUGGAUGUCAGUGAUCCAACUGACACUGCCCGUCUGGCUGAAUUUAUCAGGGAGAAGUUUGGCAGGCUAGAUAUCCUGAUCAAUAAUGCAGGGGUUAUAGGUGCAAGUGCAAGUGCAGAGAUUGAUACAACAUCAAUUAAGGAAGAGCUCGUAGGCAAGAACGCCAUGGAGAGGCUACACUGGUUGCUGCAGCACUCCACGGAGAGUUACGAGGAAGCAAGAGAAUGCCUGAAAAUAAACUACUUCGGCACCAAAUAUGUGACCGAAGCACUCCUCCCAAUCCUUCUGUCCUCCUCUGACGGACGGCUCAUCAAUGUAUCAUCCAACUACGGACUACUCCAGUAUUUCAGUGGCGAAGAUCUUAAGCAAGAGCUAAACGAUAUUGACAACCUGACGGUAGAGAGGCUAGAUGAGAUGUCGGAGUUGUUCCUGAAAGACUACAAGAAUGGCCAGCUGAAAUCUCAUGGAUGGCCUGCCGAUUCUGAGUACCUGGCCUACAAGGUAUCCAAGGCUCUGACCAAUGGCUAUACCAGGAUACUGGCGAAGGCGCUCCCGAAAUUACACAUCAACAGCGUGCACCCUGGCUAUUGCAAAACUGACAUCAACUUUGACACCGGCGAAUACACCGCGGAAGACGGUGCUAGUUGCAUCGUUUCGGUGGCGCUAUUGCCGGAAGGAGGCCCAACUGGCGUGUUCUUCUUCCGCACAGAAGAAGCACCCUUUGUGUAACUCUUGAAGUACUCUGUGAUGUAACGAAUGUGGAUGUGGUGGCAUCAUGCCUGAACUAUGUCAUAGAGAACAACUGCACUGCAU